ACGUGCACGCAGGAGUGCAGGAGUCAAACCGACAGAUUGGUCAGACUUGAAUCCACUUACAGGGACAAUGCCCGGGAGUCACUGGGGAUAUGGAAAACAGGACGGUCCAUCUGUGUGGCACAAAAGCUUCCCCGUUGCCCAGGGGAACAGGCAGUCUCCAAUUGACAUCGUCCCUCAACAGGCUGUGCAUGACGCCAAUCUGGGUCCGAUUGUCCUAAACUACGAUCACUGUACCUCCAUCAACAUCGCCAACAACGGACACUCUGUCGUUGUGGAGUUUGAAGACUCAGAUGACCGUUCAGUGAUCCGGGGAGGCCCUCUUGACAACCCCUACAGGCUGAAACAGUUUCACUUCCACUGGGGUGGAAAGGGCUGCCAGGGCUCUGAGCACACUGUUGCAGGAAGGGGCUAUGAUUCUGAGCUUCAUUUAGUUCACUGGGAUGCUGUAAAGUACAAGACGUUUGGGGAGGCGGCAGCAGCUCCUGACGGCCUCGCAGUCCUCGGUAUCUUUUUAGAAACAGGUGACGACCACAGAUGGCUCCACACACUAACAGACGCUCUGUAUAUGGUGAAGUAUAAGGGCAGUGUCACCGAUUUCAAAGGUUUCAACCCCAAGUGCCUCCUGCCCAGCAGCCUCCACUACUGGACGUACCUGGGAUCACUGACCACCCCCCCUCUACACGAGAGCGUCAUCUGGAUCGUCGUGAAGGAGCCAAUUAUAGUGUCUGAAAAACAGCUGGGCAAGUUUAGAACGCUUCUGUUCACUGGAGAGGAAGAGGAUCAGAGGACACGCAUGGAAAACAACUUCAGGCCUCCUCAGCCUCUCAAAGGAAGGAAAGUGCGCUCCUCCAAUUAAUGUGACCCCGAGAGAUCUGAAGCCAAACACAACAAAGGCUCUUUUAGACAACAGUGAAUGCAUUAAUUUGAUUGUACUUUUUUACAUCAUGGUAGCUUGUCCUGAGGAUUUCUGAUUUUCUUUGUACAAAAGAGUCAUUGUCAUCACCGCCGUCACCUUGAGAUGCACGCGUCCCUCUACUGGUCAGAAGCUUCAUGGCAGUAGGAUGAAUAAAUUUUUCAGCGAUUAAGGGAAAAAUAAAAGGGAUAUUAUAAAGAAAUAAGAUCAUGAUAAGACUUUGUAAAUUUAUUUGACUACUCUGUGCUAUUUGCCGAUAUUAUCAUAAUAUUUUAAUCUCUAUUUUGAUGAAGAUUCAAAGGCUGGAUGUGUACUUGUACCUCCAUAGCUGUUCAAGAAAAAAAACAAGUGCUGUCGUGACCUCUUGUAAGGUGCUAUUAUAUGUAAAUAUUACAUGUACUGUAUGUGCAUCUAGUAAGUC